AUGGUGCAGCAAACCAACAACGCCGAGAACACGGAAGCGCUGCUCGCCGGCGAGAGCUCGGACUCGGGCGCCGGCCUCGAGCUGGGCAUCGCCUCCUCCCCCACGCCCGGCUCCACCGCCUCCACGGGCGGCAAGGCCGACGACCCGAGCUGGUGCAAGACGCCGAGUGGGCACAUCAAACGGCCCAUGAACGCCUUUAUGGUGUGGUCGCAGAUCGAGCGGCGCAAGAUCAUGGAGCAGUCACCCGACAUGCACAACGCCGAGAUCUCCAAGCGGCUGGGCAAACGCUGGAAGCUGCUCAAAGACAGCGACAAGAUCCCUUUCAUUCGGGAGGCGGAGCGGCUGCGCCUCAAGCACAUGGCUGACUACCCCGACUACAAGUACCGGCCCAGGAAGAAGGUGAAGUCCGGCAACGCCAACUCGGGCUCCGCGGCCGCCGCCGCCUCCAAGCCUGGGGAGAAGGGCGACAAGGUCGGUGGCAGCGGCCACGGGGGCGGCGGCGGCGGGGGCAGCCACGCGGGGGGAGGAGGCGGCGGCGGCGCGAGCGGUGGCGGCGCCAACUCCAAACCCGCGCAGAAAAAGAGCUGCGGCUCCAAAGUGGCGGGCGGCGGGGUCGGCAAGCCCCACGCCAAGCUCAUCCUGGCGGGCGGCGGCGGGAAGGCGGCGGCGGCGGCCGCCUCCGCCUCCUCCUCGUCGUCGUCGUCCUCGUUCGCCGCCGAGCAGGCGGGGGCCGCCGCCCUGUUGCCCCUGGGCGCCGCCGCCGCGGCCGCCGACCACCACUCGCUGUACAAGGCGCGGACUCCCGGCGCCUCGGCCUCGGCAGCGGCCUCGGCCUCGGCCGGCCUGGCGGCCCCGGGCAAACACCCGGCGGAGAAGAAGGUUAAGCGCGUCUACCUGUUCGGCGGCCUGGGCGCGUCGUCCUCGCCCGUCGGCGGCGUGGGUGCCGGCGCCGACCCCAGCGACCCCCUGGGCCUGUACGAGGAAGGGGGCGCCGGUUGCUCGCCCGACGGGCCGAGCCUGAGCGGCCGCAGCAGCGCCGCCUCAUCGCCGGCCGCCGGCCGCUCGCCCGCCGACCACCGUAGCUACGCCAGCCUGCGCGCCGCCUCGCCCGCCCCGUCCAGCGCGCCCUCGCACGCGUCCUCGUCGGCCUCGUCCUCCUCCUCCUCCUCCUCCUCGUCCUCCUCCUCCUCCUCGUCCUCGGGCUCGUCGUCCUCCGACGACGAGUUCGAAGACGACCUGCUCGACCUGAACCCCAGCUCAAACUUUGAGAGCAUGUCCCUGGGCAGCUUCAGCUCGUCGUCGGCGCUGGACCGGGAUCUGGAUUUUAACUUCGAACCCGGCUCCGGCUCGCAUUUCGAGUUCCCGGACUACUGCACGCCCGAGGUGAGCGAGAUGAUCUCGGGAGACUGGCUGGAGUCCAGCAUCUCCAACCUGGUCUUCACCUACUGAAGGGCGCGCGGGCUGGGAGAGUGAGGGACGGGGCGGGUUGUGGGGUGGGGGGAGGACCAGAGAGGAAAAUGAAAAAGAAAAAAAAAGUUAACAGAGAAAAGAGUUGCAAGAGAAAAGGGAAAACAAGAGGGGGGGAAAAAAAAAGAAAAAAGGAAAAGGAGAAAAAAAAAAGUGAGCAGGGCCGGCCUCGGCCGCGUCCGGGUGGUCGGAGAGCAACGCCACGGCGUCUGGGGACCCGCGCUCCCAACCCCCAUCUCGCCGGCCGGAGAGACGCGGCGGAGGUGGAGGUAGACAGGGGCGACCUUUUAUUGUUCUUGGUGGUGUUGUUGAUGGCGAAAAAAGCGACUUCGAGUUUCCUCCCCUUUUGCUGGAAGAGACCCCCCACCACCACCACCACCAGCCCUUCCAACGAGCUUCCGGACUUGUGUGCACCCCCGGCCAGAAGCCGAGUUGGUAGUUUUCUAGCGACUGAAGGAAUCGUCUAUUCCUCUCUGAUCGCUCCCUCGGUGUUUUGGGGCUAUUUUACUUGGUUUUUUGGUUUUUUGAUCCGGAGGGGAGGGGGACUCCGGCAUGCCCCCGGAGGGGUUUUGUUCUCAGCAUCCUCGCCCCCAUUCUCCCCCCCCACCACCCUCCCAAGAAGACCGAAGGCUCCGGAGCGUCGAAUUUGACCGACUACGGGGAGAGGGGAGUCGCAAGGGCCCCAGCACCGGGACUGAGAGACUCCACGCUGGCGUAUUCCCGUUUUGUUUUUGGAGGGCUUUUUUUUUUUUUUUUUUUUUUUGCCCCUCCCCCGCCUUUUUUUUUUUCCCCCUCUCUUUUUUUCUUUCUUUUUUUUUUUUCUUCCCUUGUCCCAGCAGCCAGAGGAGGAGACGUUGAGUGACCGGCGCUCGGAAAUGACCCGAGAACCUAGUUGGAAAGCCACACCAGCCAGGACGAGGGGCGGGGAGGAGAAGGCCACGAACUGGAAGGGGGGCGAGUAAUAAAACUGAAAUGGAUUUGCACGAUCGGGAGAAGGUGGCGGCGUCUCCUGGGCCUCCGCCUCCUGCAUCUCUGAAACCAGUGAGGUGUAAAUGAGAAGACGUGUUUUUUUCCCUCACCGAUGCUCCAUCCUCGUAUUUUUUUUUCCUUGUAAAUGUAAUCAGAUGCCAUUUUAUAUGUGGACGUAUUUAUACUGGCCAAACAUUUUUUUCUUGUUUUGUCCCUUUUUUUUUUUUUUUUUUUGCUUUCUUUUGCUUUGCUUUCUAUUUACUUCCUUAUUUCUUCUUUCCUUACUUUCUUUUUUCUUUAUUUUUUUUUUUUUUUUUUUUUUUUUGGUAGUUGUUGUUACCCACGCCAUUUUACGUCUCCUUCACUGAAGGGCUAGAGUUUUAACUUUUAAUUUUUUAUAUUUAAAUGUAGACUUUUGACACUUUUAAAAAACAAAAAAAGACAAGAGAGAUGAAAACGUUUGAUUAUUUUCUCAGUGUAUUUUUGUAAAAAAUAUAUAAAGGGGGUGUUAAUCGGUGUAAAUCGCUGUUUGGAUUUCCUGAUUUUAUAAUAAGGCGGCUGGUUAAUAUCUCACACAGUUUUAAAAAAUCAGCCCCUAAUUUCUCCAUGUUUACACUUCAAUCUGCAGGCUUCUUAAAGUGACAGUAUCCCUUAACCUGCCACCAGUGUCCAUCCUUUGACCUCAGCCCUAUAAAAAGGGGAGGAGAAUUAGCCAAACACUGUAUGCUUUUAAAGAAAACCGAGUUUUUUAAACAAAAUACUGUUUUAUGCAGAGGCUUUAAAACUGGUGCAUUUACAGCAAAAAGGGAUCCUGUAGCUUUAACUUGUAAACCACAUCUUUUUUGCACUUUUUUUAUAAACAAAAACGUGCCGUUUAAACCACUGGAUCUAUCUAAAUGCCGAUUUGAGUUCGCGACACUAUGUACUGCGUUUUUCAUUCUUGUAUUUGACUAUUUAAUCCUUUCUACUUGUCGCUAAAUAUAAUUGUUUUAGUCUUAUGGCAUGAUGAUAGCAUAUGUGUUCAGGUUUAUAGCUGUUGUGUUUAAAGAUUGAAAAAAGUGGAAAACAUCUUUGUACAUUUAAGUCUGUAUUAUAAUAAAGCAAAAAGAUUGUGUGUAUGUAUGUUUAAUAUAACAUGACAGGCACUAGGACGUCUGCCUUUUAAGGCAGUUCCGUUAAGGGUUUUUGUUUUUAAACUUUUUUUUGCCAUCCAUCCUGUGCAAUAUGCCGUGUAGAAUAUUUGUCUGAAAAUUCAAGGCCACAAAAAAACAAUGUUUGGGGGAAAAAAGAAAAAGAAAAAAAUCAUGCCAGCUAAUCAUGUCAAGUUCACUGCCUGUCAGAUUGUUGAUAUAUACCUUCUGUAAAUAACUUUUUUUGAGAAGGAAAUAAAAUCAGCUGGAACUGAA